AUGGUGGGCGUAUUACAGGUUUUACGAAAGUUUGCAACCUUCAUAGGUCCUGGUAUCUUGGUUAGUGUGGCCUAUAUGGACCCUGGUAACUAUUCGACUAGUGUUUCUGGAGGUGCGCAAUUCAAGUAUACUUUACUGUUUUCAGUGUUCGUUUCCAACAUCUUCGCUGUACUGUUGCAAUGUCUUUGUGUCAAGUUGGGUAUUGUCACUGGUUAUGAUCUGGCAGAAAACUGUCGUCGACAUUUGCCCAGGAAGUUAAAUCUGAUGAUUUAUUUCUUUGCGGAACUGGCAAUCAUUGCCACUGACCUUGCUGAAGUUGUUGGGACUGCUGUUGCAUUACAAAUCUUGUUUGGUAUACCUCUGAUAUAUGGUGUCUUGCUAACAGUGCUUGAUGUUCUCAUAAUUUUGAUGUUUUAUCAACAGAAUGGGGCCUCCAUGAAGAAAGUGAGAGCAUUCGAACUGUUUGUUAGUGUUUUAGUUGCUGCCACAGUCGUUUGCUUCGUACUCGAGUUAUGCGAGAUCUCGGUGCCAGAUAAAUUACAGUUACUAAAAGGUUUCCUUCCAUCUAAAAUAAUUUUCGAAGAUCAACAAGCGUUAUACAUUUCGUUGGGGAUUCUGGGGGCUACUGUGAUGCCUCAUUCUUUGUACUUGGGCUCAUCACUGGUUAAGCCUCGUUUACAGGAAUUCGACAUCAAAGAGUAUGGUAGAGUUGAUACUCGUCCAAGUUUGAAGGCAAUUAAAUAUAACUUGAAUUAUACCUACGCGGAACUGAUAAUCUCAUUACUACUCAUUGCUACUUUUGUCAAUUCUGCUAUACUGAUCGUCGCGGGAGCAACAUUAUACGGGCAACCUGAUGCUGAAGACGCUGAUCUCUUGUCCAUCUACAAGUUAUUGGUUCAUUAUAUUUCUCCUGCCGCCGGGUUAAUCUUUGCACUAGCGAUGAUCUUCUCGGGUCAAUCUGCCGGUAUUAUUUGUACCGUGGCUGGUCAAAUUGUCUCUGAGGGAUUCCUAGAAUGGUCACUUCCUCCAUGGGCCACUAGACUGUGUACAAGACUGCUUGCCAUCAUUCCAUGUUUGUUUGUUACAUUGGGUAUGGGCGAACGGGGUAUUUCAAAUGUCCUGAAUUUAUCACAAGUCGUGCUUUCGUUGAUUCUACCGAUUGUGUCGGCUCCGCUCAUCUAUUUCACCGCCAAUAAGAAGAUCAUGACUGUGCAUGACAUUCAUGGAGAAGCUGAAGAAGAAGAUGAGAACACGCCCUUGACCAUGGCCAGCAAAAAAUGCGUCGAUUAUACCAAUAGCACUUGGUUGACUGCUGCAGCGUUCAUAGUUUGGGCAUUAAUUGGUGGACUAAACUGCUACCUCGUAGUAAGUUUCAUGCUUGGAGCAGAAGUUCAUUUCUAA